GACAGAGAGGGGGUGAUAGGGUUAGAGAGAUGCCAAAAACUACGAAGAGAGGGAGGGACAGGGGCCUGGGGAGAAGCUGGGGAAACUGAUGGGAGUGAUCUCAGAGAUGGAGAGAGGGAGGAGAGAAGUGGGGAGCAAGUGGGCAGAGAAAUCAGGCACAAGAGGGGAGGAGAGAUGGGGAGAGAGGGAGAGAGGGAGGGUGUCGGAGCGAUGGGGGGAUACUGAGGGAGAGAGGUAUGGGAAAGGGACCUCCAGGAGACUGAGAGAGAUAGGGGAUGAAACAGGGAAAUGGGAGGGAAGGCAUCGGGGCACACACAUACAGGGAAUCCCUGAGGUUAGGGGAACCCGGAUCUCCCUGUGGUCUCAGCCUUCCAGUUCUGUAUUUUCUUCCCGUGGCUUCAAAGAGGAGAAGGAGGGAGACCUGAGGAGUAGGAGCUGGGGCAGGCGGUCCCAUCACAACCGUUCUUCCCACCCUCCUGAGACAUCCCUCGCCCACCUUCCCAGGAUGCAGCCAGAGGUGGAGCCCCUGUGCUCCCCCGCCGUGGGCAACCCCAGCACGCACAGGGAGGCAGGAGCCCUCCUUGCAGACCUAGACGCCUCAAAGGAGACACAGAUUCCGAGCCUGGGCAGGCCUACCAAAUCCUCGAAGCAGUACCUGCGGCAGGUCAUUGCAGAGUAUGAGGCACUGGACCGGGAUCUCCCGUGCAUCCGGAAGUUCCCCACGCCACCUGCCGCCCAGCCCCUCUGCCUCUGCAUGGAGACCUUGCCCGAGGAGGACUUUACACACCUGGAGGUGCUGGAGGCGCUGGAGGCCGAGUUACCCGGGGCCAUGGAGUGCGGGCUCGUGAGCAGCAUCCGCUUCGAGAACAUGAACGUCAUCUGCGGGACGGCGGGCCGCCGGGACCGGUGGCUCAUCAUGGUCACGGACUUCCAGACGCGCUCGCGCCUGCUGCGCUCGGGGCUCAGUCCCCGCGGGCUCGCGCACCAGCUCGUGCGCCACGACGAGCUGCUGCUGGGCGAUUACCGCCUGCACCUGCGCCGCUCCCUGGUCCGGCGGCGCAUGCUCGAGGCCCUGGGGGCGGAGCCCGCCGAGGACUGACGCGUGGGGGCCGGCCUCCGCUGCGCUUGCGCACCGCCCCGCGGGCGCGGGCGCCCCCCCCAGAGCGAAGGGGGCGUCGCCUCCCCAGGAAGGAGGCGGGGCCGGCUCGAGGGGGUGGAUACUGUGAGUUUAAUUAUAAAGAAUGACCUGGUACAAAAGCCA